AAUUCAACAAAGAUGGGCUCUGUUCUCUGACCCAAUCUUGACCGUCCAAAAUAAACUCCAACCUUCGCAACUUAAAAAUUCACCAUUUAUCUUAUCCUUAUUUUAAAGCGCUCUUCGCAAAUACAAAAUUCCAUUUAAGAGUUCCUUUCUAAAUACCAAGCCAGACGAAAGACAGCAACAAGUAAUCCAGCCUUUCUUUUCCCCUUGGCCAUCCCUUCCCUUCCCUUCCCUUCCGAUGGCUUCCUCCUCCUCUCCGAGCAUUCGUUCCGUUUCCCAUCGGAAUUUCCGUCGUUCAUUCCUCCAUGAAUACAAUCAUCGGAAUCAGAAUGCUCGACCUCCGUCUUCCUUGAUGAUGCCUAAUCGCACGGAAUCCGCAACCGGAAAAGGAAGAAUAAUAUCGAUGACGACGUCGGCCAAGAUUACUCAUUUCAACAAACUGCAGACUCGAGGUCACGGCAUCGGCGCGAAGAUCUCUGGUGAAAACCUAGACCAGUGGAUGCGGGAAUCGGUGGUGGACAUCGUGAAGAACCUACGCCAAGCGCCGCUGCUGGUGCAAGUGUAUGAGGAGAGUGAGAAAGGCGGGGCGGAGACGAGGUUGGAGACGGAAAAGGCGGUGAAGGAGAAGUGGGCGAUGGUGAAGGGUAGAUGGGAGAGAGAAGAGACUCCGUUGCCACAAGGGGUAAUAUUCGUGGAAGAGCUUGGGGAGGAGGAGGAGGAGAGGGAGAGAGAAUCAAAUACGAAGGCAUGGGGGAUAGUGGUGCAGGGGAGGGGGGCAGAGUGUGGACCCGUGUGUUAUUUGUUGAAGACGAGCAGGGUGAAGGGAUUGGGAUCGACGUGUUGCACACAUUUUUGUUUGGCGAAGGUGAAGGGGUUCAGGGAAACGACGGAGUCACAGCUCAAGAAUUGUUGGUUGGUGCAACCUGCGUUCUCGUCUACCAACUCAUGAAUUUCCAUGGCUGCCGAUCGAGAACUUUAUAUAUAUAUAUAAAUUGAUUUAUUGAUUUUGAAAGGGAGUUCCAUCCGUGGGUUCAUCAAUUGCAAUCUAUAUAUAUAUGUGUGUGUGUGUAAAUUUGUACACCAAAUUAUUUGAUGCGCUGGGCCUGUGUUGGACUCUUGUUAAUUAGUUUGCGACUUGUACUUUUGUACAACUUAAUUAAUACAAAGUGCAACUAGUGAUAGUCUCUUCGAUCUA